AUGUCCUAUUCACUUCCUCAAGAUGUCAUCCUCUCGCCUCAAGAUGAUCUUGUGCUUAUCAAAUUCAUUUUUGACCUGUCGCACAAACAGGUUCAGCCGUUCUGUAUGGCAGAAUUUAUGUACAGAUGGCCGUGGGUCGGGACUAACUCUCAUGCUAUGCGCAAAAGAAUCGACGGAUUACUCAACAACGGCCACACCUUGGAGGGUAUCGAAUUUCAUCGAAUAAUCCAGAUGGCUUUCGUUAUGAGUGUCAGCAUCUCUAAGGAAUUUGAAGAAAAGAUCCGAUUGGAAGCUGACUUGAAACUCGACAACAGACGAAGAAUUUUAAGAGUUCACAAGCGAGGAACUUCCUUACCAUGGUACACUUGGGCCGGUGAGCACGUCAAUGUUCCGUGGCGGGAGAAGACUUUGCUAGAAAUUGCAGAGUACACAGAAGAGAGUGUAGCUAUUAUGGCUGAGAUUGAAGCUGAUAUGAAGAAGGCCAGUAGGAAGGCAAACAAUAAACGGAAGUUUGCUCAACAGUCAGACAAUCAUUGCAUCAAUCCGAACCACGCUAAAAAAGUUAAAUUUGAAGUCGAAGAUUCAAAUUUUAAUGCUCAAGACGACGAUACUGAUGAUAAUGAUGACUGUAUUAUUGUUGACGAAGUCAGUAGUGGCAGCAGCUAA